AUGGCGAACAAUAUUGGAAUAUGGCAUAAAACCACCAUUCAGUCUGCACUGGAGGCCCAGCAGACCUAUAAGACAGAUCCUGUUGCUGGCCACAAGCGGACAUUGAUCGAGACUCAGAGUGGUGUGUCAGUCGUCACCGACAAUCGGCGACGACCAUCUGCAUCCCGCCCAGCAUUGACGGCCCCCAUAGGACCGCCAAGGCUCACAGCGAGCAUCAUAGAUUCCUCGGCAGGUUGUAUCCCAGAUGGCUCGUCUGAGUACUCUCAGCGCCAAGAGUUUUCCGCCACUCCUGGCUCGACUGCCGAUCCUCUUCUGUCUCUGGCCCAUGGCCGUUAUGGCCUAUCCCAUGAACUCGUAGCUAACUUUUACUCACUCGGAAUCAAAACUAUCUAUCCCUGGCAAAAAAACUGCCUUCUCGGACCAGGCCUCUUGGAGGGUGAGAAGAACUUGGUUUACAGUGCGCCAACUGGUGGGGGGAAGUCUUUAGUUGCCGAUAUUCUCAUGCUGAAACGCGUCUUGGAGGAUCCCGAUGUCAAGGCGCUCUUGGUCCUCCCAUACGUCGCUCUUGUGCAGGAGAAAGUCCGAUGGCUCCGAAAUGUUGUGCAGGGCAUCUCACGAGAGGCCCUUGGCCAGAAGCAGGAGGAGAGCAACCAGAAGCUCUGGGCCAGGCGGCCUGACAGAGAUACCGUAAGGGUUGUAGGCUUUUUCGGUGGCAGCAAGGUCAAGGCCACCUGGGCCGACUUCGAUAUUGGGGUUUGCACCAUCGAGAAGGCGAAUUCUCUCGUGAACACCGCGAUAGAUGACUGCUCAAUCCCCAAGCUGCGAGUUGUAGUCCUGGACGAACUGCAUAUGAUCGAUGAUGACUAUCGUGGGUAUCUCCUCGAGCUCAUGGCAACUAAGCUCCUUUGCGUGGGGCACCAAAUACAGAUAAUUGGAAUGAGUGCAACACUGACGAACAUCAACCUCCUCAAGUCUUGGCUGCAAGGCCACUCAUUCGAGACUCAUUAUCGGCCAGUGCCUAUCGAAGAGCAUCUGGUGUACGAAGGGAGGAUAUACCCAGCUGGAACAACCAGCCAGUUGAUCAAGGCGGCGACCCACGUAGACAAUGGUUCUCAGUCCCGGCUGCAGCCGACGAGAGUCAUCAGGGAGUCUACGCACAAGGAAUUUAAGGAUCCGGUCCUCAACGCCGUGGUCGCACUUGCGAACGAAACGGCAAGGUCUGGAUACGGCGCGUUGGUGUUCGCCAGCACCCGCGCGGGAUGCGAGUCCAACGCACUUCUGAUUAGCCGUGUCAUGCCAUCGUUUAAUGAGGCAGACCUUACGGUCCAGGAGAGGCGCAUAGACCUACUCGGAAACCUCAGGAGUCUGAGCACGGGGUUGGAUCGGACGCUCGAGCAAACGAUACCACGUGGCGUGGGCUUCCACCGUAGGUGUGCUGGUCUGACGGUCGAGGAGAGAGACCUGAUUGCCAAUGCUUAUGAUAGCGGCGUGAUCAAGGUGUGCGUUGCAACCUGCUCACUCGCUGCCGGCAUAAAUCUUCCGGCAAGGAGGGUGAUCCUCCAUAACGCUCGCAUGGGCCGAGACCUUGUCGGUCCUUCUCUUCUUCGCCAAAUGAGAGGUAGAGCGGGAAGAAAAGGCAAAGAUGAAGUUGGCGAAACCUAUCUUUGCUGUCGUCCAACCGACCUAGAGGAAGUCGUGGACCUGAUGAAUGCAGAUCUUCCGCAGAUCUCAAGCUGCCUCAUCUCCAAUAAACGUCGGAUACAAAGGGCGAUACUUGAGGCCAUCGCUAUUCGGCUUGCAACUAGCAAGGAGUCUCUAGAUGACUUCGUCGGGAAAACCAUGCUUUCAUACUCGGCAGCUGUCGAGUCUAUUCAAUCAAAUGUCGAAUCGAGCCUCACAGACUUGCAAUCGAUGGGUUUCAUCUCCGUGGAUACCUUUUCCAACUUUCAAGUCACGCAGCUGGGUCAGGCGAUAGUUGCAUCAUCCCUCGAUCCAGAGGACGGAGUCUUCAUACACAACGAGCUGAAAAAGGCGCUUCAAGCAUUCGUCAUGGACGGAGAUAUGCAUGUGCUCUAUAGCUUCACGCCGGUGCAUGACUUAGGAAGCGUGACCAUAAAUUGGCGCGCUUUCUGGAAUGAGAUGGAGCGACUCGAUGACAGUGGCCUCAGAGCCAUGGGCCUCCUUGGAUUGAAGCCAAGUUUGGUUGGCAAGAUGGUCUCUGGAGGCAAUAUGAAGGAGACGACAGCGGAGGAAAAAGAAGUAGCACUGCGAUAUCGCAGGUUCUACUUGGCUCUGCAGCUCCGGGACUUGUGCAAUGAAGUACCCAUCCACCGCGUAGCACAGAAGUACGGUACUCCUCGGGGAGCCGUCCAGAACCUUUCCCAAACAUGUCAAGGAUUUGCCGCGGGGAUGAUCAAGUUCUGCGAAUACAUGGGUUGGGGGGCGAUGGCAGCCGCUCUGGAUCACUUCUCUGACAGAUUGAAGGCUGGAGCAAGGGCUGAUCUGUUGGCACUGGCGAAGAUCACCUUUAUCAAGAGCAGGACUGCUCGUAUCUUCUGGGAUAACGGAUUCAAGACGGUGGCUGCCGUCGCCAACGCCGAUCCCUACGAACUUGUUCCCAUUCUCCUGCAGGCACAGCCAAACAAGCUCCGCCUUGCUGAAAAGGAUGAAGAGAAGUAUACCGAAAAAUUGCUGGCCAAAGCGAAGGUGAUUGCCGAUUCGGCAAACAGAAUCUGGCAGAUGGAAAUGCAGCAAGACUUGGACGAAGAGUAG